CAGACUAUUGAGGUAACAGGAACGAUGAAUAAUGAGACGGUCUUGGAGGCAGUGAGGGCGAAGAGAUGGAUGGAUGCUAGCUGGAGGAGUUUAUUAUUUAAUAGUCAAGUUUGAAUUGUUAUAUUUUUAAGGCUUCCGCACCGUUUUGAUUUACUCUGAUGGAUAAUUAUAUGUUGUUUUGAAUUAAAUGUUUUAAAUUGUUUUGAAAAUUAUUGUGUCUGAAUGCAAAUUUAGUAGCAACCCGAUCCGAUGGUCCUUGUAUUCGGGUCACGCAGGGAGGGGUGUUACAUAAUGGUGAUGGGUUUAAGCUAUUUUAUAAGGUGUUGCACUCUUUCCUUGAAAAGAUAUCUCUCAGUCAUAAAGGGAUGACCACUAAUAGCGAAGAGAUCCCACAAUCCGCCUGCAUCCAGAACGCCUCUUCUUUAGGUGAAGCUUUAGCUACCACAACCAUUGUCUCUCUUGACGCAGAAGUCUUGGAUUUAAAGGUGGAUGAGGUAAUAGAAGCCUCAACAUCUGAACUUGGUUCAUCACCUCAACAAUCACAACUCCACUCGAGCACAAAGAAACUGGAAGACGGGAUUUUGUUCUAUAAGGAAUACGCAGCACUUGCAGGGUUUGAUAUCCGUAUGAGCACCACGACAACAUCUUCAGACGGUGUUAAGGUAUGGAAGUAUAUUCUGUGUAGUCGUGAAGUUGCAAGGAGAAACUGGGCUAUGUUUGGUGAUGUUCUCUCCUUUGAUGCCACGUAUGAGACAAACAGGUACAACAUGGUGUUCACACCUUUCACGGGAGUGGAUAAUCACCAGAAAUGCGUGACGUUCGGGGCUGGUCUACUUCGCACCGAAGACAUAGAAUCUUACACCUGGGUGUUCCGCCAAUUUCAAGAUGCAAUGGAUCACGACCCCAAAUGCAUCAUAACAGAUCAAGACCCAUCCUUGCAUACAGCUGUCAGUGAGAAAGAGAUUUGUGCUGCAUGUUUUUCUUGUUCUGUCGUACACGUAGAUGACGUUGAGGAUAAAGUUCAAUAUACUAUCAAGGACAUGAGAGAGUUGUACGUUUCCAAAAGAUGGUGUAAGAAUGACAUUGUGUAUCGUUCCGUUGGUACAACUACAGCUGAUUAUGAAAAGGAUUACAUACGAGAAAACACGAAAUGGAGUAUCAAUAAAUUAUGGUCUGACAUCCACGCAUGCGUGGCGCUUGUUGAGCAUGACUCCGAUUUGCUGGGAUCAUUUUCUGAGGUUAUUAGAGCACAAAAGACAAAGCUGCAAGGAUUGUCUGUUUCUGAUGAAUUACAGGGUACAAAAAACAAGAUGUUUGAAUCUUUCUAUGGCAUAGCCUCCCCUUCUGAGGUCCGUGUAUUACCCCCCGAAAAGGUGCAUAACAAGGGAAGUGGUAAGCGAAUCAAAAGUGUAAAGGAAUUAGCCAUCGAACAAUCCAAGAAACAUAAGAGACUUUGCCGAACUUGCAAUCAAACAGGCUUCCACGAUAUUCGAAACUGCCCGCUUAAUAAAUCAACAUCAUGAUUUUGUAAUAUUUACAAUAAACUACUAUUUUUAGCCUCUACACAUCUCUAUUUCCUUAUGCUUUUUGUUAGUGUCAUUGAUUUAAUUUUCAAGGUGAAUAUCCUAGACAAUUUCUUUGCAUACACUUCUUAUUAUUGUUCAUUUCUCUAGUUUAUGUUACCGUUUAAAUAAUGCCUAAACUGUUUUCAACCAUUUAAAUAAAAUGAAACGACCUGAUACGG